GCACGCACCACGCUCCACGAACGUGAACGAACGGAGCUAGCUAGCCGCGCUAUAAAACCACAUGGAUUUCGGGCAUGUGCUCGCCACACCUUAGAUAUACUCGACCACACAAUCUCAUUCCAUUUUUCUGCUCUGGUAUCAUUGGCAUUGAGUGCUGCUUGAACUUCAAUUGAAGAAGUAAGAACGUCUCUGAAUCUUGGUCCUUGCUGAACUGAACACGAUCAACAUGAAGACCAUCGUCUUUUGUCUCCUGACAAUAGUUUCAACUGCUUUAGCAGCAACAACUCAGAUGAGAUGGUGCACUUCCUCCACUCACGAGGAACAGAAGUGUGUUGCCAUGAGAACGGCAUUCAGUGCCCAAAGUCUGUCUCCCGAGGUUGUCUGUGUAGCUGGUUCUGGUAUUUCGGAUUGUUUGAUGAAGGUUCAAGACGGCCAAGCUCACAUGAUAACUCUAGAUGGAGGGGAUGUUUAUCUAGCAGGAAAGGAGUAUGGCUUGGUUCCCAUUGUACAGGAAACAUAUGCCCAAGACCGAUACGCUGGGAUCGCUGUAGUGAGAGCCACAGACUCCACUCUGACCCUUGAGACCUUGAAGGGUAAGGACUCGUGCCACACCGGUGUCAGGAGGACAGCAGGAUGGAACAUUCCUGUUGGGUUUCUCCUGGAGGCUGGUUACAUGGAGGCGGUGGACUGUGGGGAUGAUAUCAAUGCUGUAUCUAACUUCUUCAAUCAGAGUUGCGCCCCAGGUGCCUACUUGGAGAGGAAUGACCCUUACGGAACCAACCCUCCGAAUCUGUGUGGGAUCUGUACCAACAAGCAAUGUCCUGCUGAUUCCUCGGAGCUGUACCAAAGCUACGCUGGAGCAUUCCGAUGCCUCGCUGAGAGUGCCGGGGAUGUAGCCUUCAUCAAGCCUCAAACAGUUAUUGAUAACACCGAUGGAAAUGGACAGCUCGAUUGGAACAGGGGCCUUAUGUCUUCAGACUUCAGGCUUCUAUGUCCCGAUAACACUCAGUCUACUAUCGACAAUGCUGCUACCUGCAACCUAGCUAAGUCUCCUGCCCAUGCUAUUGUGACAUCACCAUCUACGUCAGCCGAAGAUAUUACGGCCUUCCAAACUGUCCUCGCCCAAGCUGUGGCUUUGUUUGGAGAUGACAACAAUCAGAAUGGAUUCCUGAUGUUUGAUUCUGUCGCCUAUGGUGGAAAUGAUUUGCUCUUCAAAGACAGCACACAGAAUCUAGCCAACCUUGAAUCUGGUUUGACCUACAGGACAUACCUAGGAGACUACGCCAACACUAUUGAUGGAUUAAAGAUGUGUCCAGCAAACUCUCUUAGAUGGUGCACAACAUCAUCAAUUGAGAAUAAGAAGUGUCGUGACAUGAGUGCUGCAUUCAAAGGAGCUAACUUAACCCCUCAGAUCUCAUGCUAUGAAGAGACAAGCAAAGGACUCUGUGUGGAUAGGAUCGUUUCCGGUGAUGCUGACGUCGUAACCCUGGACGGAGGUGAUCUCUACGCAGGUGGUGACAGGAUCGCACCCAUCGUCGGGGAGAGCUAUGAUGUCGGUGGCGACAAUCCCGACGCAAGCUACUGGGCUGUGGCUAUCGCUCGCAAAGGAACUCAGUUUGGCAUGGAUGACCUUGCUGGUCGUAAGUCCUGCCACACAGGUAUAGGCAAGACAUCAGGAUGGAAUGUGCCUGUAGGUCACUUGAUCAAGAAUGAACAAAUCUUCGUUAAUGGUGGCUGUGAGGUACCCAAGGCUGUAGGAGAGUUUUUCUCUGCUGGGAGCUGUGCUCCUGGAGCAAAGACAGACAAGUAUGAUCCCACCGGGACCAACCCAUCCAGCUUGUGCGCCCUGUGUAUAGGAACAGGGAAUGACAACUGCGUCAGGAAUGCAAACGAACCCUACUAUGACUACGCUGGUGCAUUUAGAUGCCUGGCAGAUCAGGCUGGUGAUGUUGCGUUCGUGAAGCACACGACCGUUCCCGACAACACGGAUGGAAACGGCGCAGAGGACUGGAGUACGAACCUGAAUAGUGCAGAUUAUGAACUCCUGUGUGCGGACAACACUCGCAUGCCCAUAACAGCAUGGGAGACAUGUAACCUGGCAAAGGUUCCAUCGCAUGCAGUAGUGACCAGCAGCACCAAAACAACUGCUCAGAAACAAGAGAUAGCCCGUCUCCUACUUGACGGUCAGGAACAAUUCGGCAGUGACUCUGGCGCUGUCUUCAAAAUGUUUGACUCCCAGGCCUACAGCGACACUGACCUCCUCUUCAAAGACUCGACUGAGAUGCUGGUCGAUGUUGGCACUCAGGAUACAACUGAGAAGUGGCUUAGCCCGGAGUAUGUGCAGGACCUGGACGCCAUCUCCUGUAGUACGACAGGAGGAGGAGCUACCAGGACUGUCCAGACAUCCAUGGUCCUCGUGAUGAUGGCGUUCCUGAUCCAGAUGGUCUGGUUCGGGGUGUUGUCUCGCAAGUAAACCGGUAUAGAAGGUCGGGAGUAGGCUGGAGUUUAAUGCAUGCUAGAUGCUCACAGAGGGCGUCUAUUCAUGUAGACAUACCAGUUAAUAAUGAAAGCCUGCUCCUGGCCGUGUAGUUUCACAAUCCUUAUUUAGCCGUCGACAUAAGAAGUGUCACCCUAUAUAAGCCUUAGCUUAAUGGAUGAUAGUCGACAUGAGUCUAUGUCACUUUCAGCAGACCUUACCUGACCCGAUAUGACUCCUCCAGUGAAAUGAAUCGCAAGCAGAAACUGCAUGUCCACGAUCCCUAUAUGGAUGUUCUGUGGAUAUUUACAAUUUCUUUUGUAAAGCAUUCCUGUUUUGUUCAAAGAAACAUUCAUUUCACAUAAUGGACUUCUGGAACAGUUUCUGUUCAAUAGUCCCUUGUCUCUUCAUGUAUUUUUGUGUGUUUCUUUGCUUUCUAUCUUUUCCAAUCUUUGAAUAUAAUUAAGCUUGUUAAGCUCUUUUCAACGAGUAAUUAUAUCUUUUUUCUCUCAUUUUAAUUUGGUGGUAUUCAUUGCGUAGCAUUGUAGUUGAAUUUAUGAUUCAUUUUCAUUUGAUUUCUUAUUCAUGUAGUAUUAUUCAUUUCCGAAUUAUUAGACAAGUAUUUGAGUCUCUCCUUGUAAAGGUGAUAUCUUAUCUAAAGAUUCAUACAAUGUCUUAAGUAUCCCAUGGCAGUUGUUCCUAACAUUCUGGAUCAAAAAGGAGACGCUUUCCUGCUAUGAUGUAAGGUCUGAUGAAAGUGUUUAUAGUAUGUAUAUCAUAUUAAUCAAGACUGCAUGUGAAAAUAUAUUUACUCACUUGUGUUUUUUUUUUCAAUUUAAUAAAGAAUGAUUGUAACAUGCAUAACUACUGCAUAUGAAGUAUGUCAAAAUUUCCUAUGAUGUUGUGAAACGUAUGUACUCUGAAAUAUAUAUAUAAGAAGAAUGAUUAAUCAUGUGUGCAGUACAUAUAACGAGACCCAUUAAUCAAAGUGCAUUGAUUUAUUAGUGCAUGAGUGAUGUACGCCAAUGACUUAUAUGUAUGCAGUAUAUGAACGCUGUUCUUUGAAUUGAGAUUUUAGAAAAUGAGCCAGGUUUUCUUUGUCAGUUUAGUUUGAGACAUUCAUUAUUCAGCAUUUUAUUUUCCUUUUAGUACCAUGCAAAAUCAGAUGCAUUGCCAAGGGUUUUUGACUACAGGUGUAUUGAAAAAUUGCAAUCCUUAUGUACAGCUUAUUUUCAAUGGGGUUAAAUGAGAAAAUCUUCCCAACUCAUAAAUGUCGACCAGUUAUCGUCAAUUGGGUGAUAAAAGAGAAGGCUAAUCGUUUGCAAUACAAUUUCCCUACGUUUCAUUUGUUUUAAAAUGGAGAAUAUAACACUUUCAAUGUAUGAAACUCCCAGGAUGAUAUUCCACCAUUAAAGCACUAACUAAACUUUCCUGAAAUAAAUUUAUGCCAUUGGACUUGAAACUACAUGUAUUUUUUUGUAAAUUGAUAAACAUUGUUGUAAUAUUCAUAAGAUGUCAAAUGCUGUAUUUUUUUACCAAAUAAAAGUGCUUGGAAGAAGCAGUAUUAGAAAUACUCGCUUCCUUGCACUCUAAACCGUCAUACAGGGCAAUUUUUGCCAUAUUUUUAUAUAAUAUUUUUAAUGUUUUUUUUAUACAACAUUUACUGAAUAUUUUAUGUAUUUUGCUUAGCAAGUUGCAGUGGCAGGACCAUUCACUUGUAGCGUGAAAUACUACAGGGUUUCCGGUUUAAUACUUAGAAAAAGAAUAUAACAUUGCAUUUGUUCAUUUAAAAGAAGAGCCUUGUGACUAUAACUUUAUACAUUGAAUACUCCUGUACCACAAAAAAUGUGAUUGAAAAAAGAAAAACCAUACUUGUUUAGUGCUGUAUGCCAUUUUGUACAUGGUAAUGUGGAUACACAAAAUCAUCCAUGUUCUUUCAAUAGCCUUCAGACUGACUAUGCUGCAAAUGUUAGGAAAAAAUAACCCUCUAGCUUCACAGGUCUUACAGUACAUGAAACCAUUACAUGUACUUUGUUCUAUGGAUCCAAGAUUUUUUCUGACUUGUUAGUCAAUUACAGAUCGAUCAAGUGAUCUUUACUGGGUGUAAGCCACAAAUAUGUUUAAACAAAUCACACAUUGUACUUUAAAAAAUAUGGAAUGGUAGAUAAGGAAUAAAGAUACAUGUAAAUCAACAUUGUGCCUUAUUAACACAAAGAUAUGUUUAUGUGAAGGGGUUGCAUGUGCAUGUAUUAAAAUGAGCUGUUUAUGCUAUGUCAGGAGAUAGAUAGCAGGGGAAUAAAUGCCUUAGUCUUAGCUGUAGGAGAAAAUAAAUUGUAUCUUUCAGGGUGAUACCCAGCCAGGGUAUUUUGUUAAAAAAACAGUAAAAUUAUAUUUUCAUAGGCUGAUAGUUGGAUGCAGUGGCAGGCCAUUCACCAUCUACGACUUUUGUAAGAAAAGAAAUAUAUUUUCUGUGAUUGCUGUACUUCUGUAUUUCAUAUUUCCCCGUGUAGUCCCAUCAAUACAGUUUGAUGUUAGAACAUGCAAUAGGGGUUUUAAAAGGUGGACAAUAUUCAUGUUAUAUAAUCUGUGAUCAUAUUUCUUGUGGACAAAAAUGGGCUCCUUUUUAAUGUCUCCCAGAAAAUAAAUCUGAGAUAAAAUGAGAGAUGUAGAACACAAUCAUGAAGAAAAUACUCUUUGCAAAUGAAACCCAAAUACCUAUGCUGCAUUGCGUGAUAAAGUUUGUAUGGUACAUAGUGAUACUUUCUUUACUUUUUUCCUCUAAUUCAUAUGAAAAUUUGCUCUUUUGUUUACAUUUAGUUUUAUCAUGGUGAUUCGUAGGUACUGCUUAUCAGUAUUUCUUUCAUUUUUCCCCCACUUCUGUGUUUUCUAGCUUCUGUUUUUUGUUGUGAGUAAGAUCUCAAUAAAUCUCUGUUCUGCAAUUUAA